UUAUGACCACGUUAUUCUGAGGGUCCAAAAUAUCAGAGUCCUAAGUCCUAGAUGCACCCAGACCUGGGAGAUGAGCACAGAGGUGGAGAAGAGUGGAAUGAAAGGCUCCCCCAGACGAGGGGAAAGAACAAUCUAGGACACAGUUUCAGCCUCCAGCUUCCGUCUCUGAGGGGCCCGCUCGGCUUUCCACAGCCGGGUUCGGCAAAAUUCCCGUUUCCUACUGGAAUUCACUGAGGACCAGCAUCCAUCUGUCCAUCCCGACAGAGUGGAAACCAAAUGCACAGCCUGCAGUCCUGUCCACGUGCGGUCCUGCUCACGUGCAGUCCUGUGGCCGCUCCACGUGGAGCAGGAGGGGGGCCUGCUUGCCAGGUGAAGUGUCCGUAAAGCAAGCCAGUUUCUCGUCGGCCGCACCCCCAGACCAUGGCGUGGAACAAGCAAGAGAAGGCAGCUCCGUCACAGUCGCACUGCUGCCGCUUGCCGACCAUUGGCUGUGCUGCUCGAUGGUCCGAGGACCCUGUUCGUGGUGGGAGCUCAGGCCGCACAGCUGCUCAGCAUCUCACGGUCGGUGGUUCCGUCUCUACCAGGCCCAGUAGCAAGCCAGGAAUUAUUUCUCAGAAGGACAGUAACUGUCUCCAGAAGAAGGCGUGGUUUCCUGCUGCUGCUUUUCUCAGCCCCGGACGUGAGCCCCCGGAGUCUCCUGCUGGUGCUUCCCGGGGCUUCGUACAGGAUCCCGCGUGUUGACGCUGCUGGUGACAGGCCCCUGUGGACGAGGAGCCUAGACUUGCUCUGGUCACUCUGAAAACAGCUUUUAUGGGCCACUCGGUGGAUGCGUCCAAGUAGCCACUUUGUAGUGCGUGUUGCUUCCAAAAGACACCCCCCCCCCCGCCGUGAUGUGUGGCUGGCUGGGCAUGUGCUCUGCUCCCGGUCCACUCACCCUGGAAACUCACCCUCUCAUUUCCUUAUUUCCUUAUUCCUCAUGUCUCAACACUCUCACUCAUCGUCUGAGUGUUGCUGCUUCCUGCCCGUCCGCUCCAGUCGGCACAGUAUCCUCAGCGUAGUGGACCAGGUGGCGUGCGGAAGGUCGAAAUGAUGAACGUCUCUGCAGACGCUUGAAGGCCGAGAGCAGGAGGGCAGCGUAGCCUCCGGGCACGUGGCGAGGGGGCCCCAUGCCAGGUCCGAGCAGACGCUUCCGGGUGUCCUCGUGAAAAAGGCCUUCUUUGCCUUAGUAGCCAAUGGUGUUCGAGCAGCGCCACUGUGGGAGAGUAAGAAACAAAGUUUUGUAGGAAUGCUAACAAUUACAGACUUCAUAAAUAUACUACAUAGAUACUAUAAGUCGCCCAUGGUACAGAUUUAUGAAUUAGAGGAACAUAAGAUUGAAACAUGGAGGGAGCUUUAUUUACAAGAAACAUUUAAGCCUUUAGUGAAUAUAUCUCCAGAUGCAAGCCUCUUCGAUGCUGUAUACUCGUUGAUCAAAAAUAAAAUCCACAGAUUGCCAGUUAUUGACCCUAUCAGUGGGAAUGCACUUUAUAUACUUACCCACAAAAGAAUCCUCAAGUUCCUCCAGCUUUUUAUGUCUGAUAUGCCAAAGCCUGCCUUCAUGAAGCAGAACCUGGAUGCCCUUGGAAUUGGGACCUACCACAACAUCGCCUUCAUCCACCCAGACACUCCCAUCAUCAAAGCCUUGAACGUCUUUGUAGAAAGACGAGUGUCAGCCUUGCCUGUGGUGGACGAGUCAGGAAAAGUCGUAGAUAUUUAUUCCAAAUUUGAUGUAAUUAAUCUUGCUGCUGAAAAAACCUACAAUAACCUAGAUAUCACAGUGACCCAGGCCCUUCAGCACCGCUCCCAGUAUUUCGAGGGUGUCGUGAAGUGCAGUAAGCUGGAAAUCCUGGAGACCAUCGUGGACCGGAUAGUGCGGGCUGAGGUGCAUCGGCUGGUGGUAGUAAACGAAGCAGACAGCAUCGUGGGUAUUAUCUCCCUGUCGGACAUUCUGCAAGCCCUGAUACUCACGCCCGCAGGUGCCAAACAGAAGGAGGCGGAAGCAGAAUGACCACUGUGAGCGGAGAAGCCCUUGGAAGAGAACCUGAACAGAGAUUCUGGGUCACACUUUGCCUCAUGAACACUGACCGUGACAGAAGACAGUCAAAUGGCUAAGAAUGUAUAUCAGGGUUUAGUGAUGGGUAUUUUUUCCAGUGAUAUUGAAACUGAGCAUAAGAAACAGAGUUUAUGUGUUUGAAGAUUCAGGCUUGCAUUAAAAGACUGUUUUCAGACCUUUGUCUGAACGAUUUCAAAUGCUGUAUGUUAUUAAAGUGCACUGUGUCCUGAAAUUUUUAUUACUUUUCAUUUCAAAGAAUUCACUGGUCUGUAACAGGUAAUAUGACAUAAGGCGAGUGCAUGGCCUCUUCAGACCUAGUGCCUUAUGUCAGAACACGCGACAUGUCAUCACCGCGGCCCAUGGCAGCUGGAGCCACACGGUGCUGGGGCGUGAGAGUCUUUGGACCUUUACCAAAUCAGUUUGUUUUCAUUAGAUUUGUCGAACAGUUGUAAUUUGGAUAUAAAUAAUUACUUUAUAAAACUUUAAUGACAGUUUUAAGUGUUCUGAACUAUAAUGUAAACAAAACUGCUUUACAACAGCUUUAUUUAUUUUUACUUUCAUGCAAUUUUUUACACAUCGUGGUGGGGAAGCUUCACCGUACCCAUUAAUAAACCAUUGGUUGUUAUUUUUAAAUGGCAAUUUUCUCAUUUAAGUUUGGAUCUGGAGAGGAUAGGACUUCUAAAAUAGCCACUGUUAGGUUUUAAAAGCUGAAGAGUCUGAAAGCACAUGUGGAGACCUGCUCUGCUAGACUGGAAACAGGCAGCGGUUAUGAGGAAACAAAAGUGCCGGGAAGAUGUCUAUUUUUUUCUUGUGUAUUGAAAUGUAAAAUCAUGACGUUUGUAUGACUGCUGAUGCGAUUGUUUUUGUAAAUUUUAUUGUGGCAUAUACAGUAUUGUCAUAUGGUUGAGAAGAAACACAAUGUUUCCUAAUGUAAGUGCUCUGAAAAUGUCGACACUGUAUAUAUAUAUAUAUGAGUAUAGUUUGAUUUUUUUGUUUUGGGGUUUUUUUUUUGGCAGAUUGAAAAAUUAAAAUAAAUCUUAUUAUCGACCA